AUGCGUGGCUUUCGGUUGGUGCUCUUGCUACCCCUGGCUGCAAGUAGUUGGGCUCUGUCGGAGAUUGAACGGGCAUCUAUGAUAACAAGGCAAUUACCAAAAGCCCCCACUGGCGUCAAGACGAUAACCACCCCAAACAACUUUACUAUUCGCUAUAAGGAGCCAGGCAGCGAGGGCGUUUGCGAGACGACUCCAGGUGUCAAGUCAUACUCGGGAUACGUUGAUCUUUCACCACGAUCACAUACCUUCUUUUGGUUUUUUGAAUCCCGUCGUGAUCCAGCAAACGAUCCAGUCACUCUAUGGCUGAAUGGUGGUCCAGGAAGCGAUUCAUUGAUUGGGCUUUUCGAAGAACUGGGUCCGUGCCACAUCCACUCAAGUCUUGAGUCCUACAUCAACCCCUACUCCUGGAACGAGGUUUCCAAUAUUCUCUUCUUGUCGCAGCCUCUCGGCGUGGGAUUCUCAUACAGUGAAACCGAAGCCGGGUCUUUGAAUCCUUUGACUGGAGUUGUCGAAGACGGGUCAUUUGCUGGAGCUCAAGGGCGGUAUCCAGUCGUUGAUGCCACGAUUAUUGACACGACAGACCUUGCUGCACACGCAACCUGGGAAGUACUUCAGGGCUUCCUCGGUGGCCUACCACAGCUAGACGCAGAAAUCAAGUCCAAGGAGUUUAACUUGUGGACGGAGAGUUAUGGAGGGCACUAUGGACCAGCUUUCUUCAAUUAUUUCUAUGAACAAAAUGCAAGGAUUGCCAACGGAACAGCCCACGGCGUCCAACUCGAUUUCAAGUCCCUUGGAAUCAUCAAUGGUAUCAUCGACGAGGCAAUUCAGGCGAGCUACUAUCCCGAAUUCGCCGUUAAUAAUACGUACGGAAUCAAAGCAGUUAAUGAGACAGUUUACAAUUAUAUGAAAUUUGCCAACGAGAUGCCGAACGGAUGCCAGGAUCAAGUCGCUCUGUGUAAGCUGACGAAUAGAACCUCAGUAGCCGAUUAUGCUAUCUGCACAGAAGCCACCAAUAUGUGCAGGGACAAUGUUGAAGGGCCCUACUACCAAUUUGGUGGUCGUGGUGUGUACGAUAUUCGGCACCCUUACAAUGACCCAACUCCACCGUCCUACUACGUUGAAUACCUUCAGAAGGACUCGGUUAUGGAUGCUAUUGGAGUGGACAUAAACUACACCGAGGCCAGCAACGACGUAUACUAUGCGUUCCAGCAGACUGGCGACUUCGUAUGGCCGAAUUUCAUUGAGGAUCUCGAAAAGAUCCUUCAACUUCCUGUACGCGUGUCCCUAGGAUACGGUGACGCCGACUAUAUCUGUAAUUGGUUUGGUGGACAGGCCAUAUCUCUCGCAGUCAACUACACCCAUGCGGCACAGUUCCGCACAGCUGGAUAUACGCCCAUGACGGUGGACGGGGUCGAGUAUGGUGAAACCCGAGAGUACGGUAACUUCUCGUUCACCCGCAUCUAUCAGGCUGGUCAUGAGGUCCCGUACUACCAACCUAUCGCAGCGUUGCAGCUGUUCAACCGCACCUUAUUCGGAUGGGAUAUUGCAGCGGGUACAACUCAGGUUUCGCCCGGAUAUCGCACCAACGGGACUUCAAGGGCUACACACACGGAGUCGUAUGUACCAUUGUCCACAACAAGCAGUGAGACCGUCCACUAG